ACGAAAAGAAAAACAAUUUCGGCAGCUUUAUCGCUGUAUUGUUUCCCCCUUUUCUCGUAAUUUUAAUUUCUUUUAAAAAAGUGAGAGGGUUUCUGGAAAAUGAUAAAAAGGGGAAGAAAUUGGAAAUGUCGGAACGAUUCGCCCCAAUUUGCUCGCCUUCGCGACGCUUCCUAGGCGGUUCGACAACCGAUUUAGGCUUUUUUUUUUUUAUUUUUCUUUUGUGUUUUUUUCUCCUUGGUACUCUAGAGUGAACUCGUCUGUUUCUCCUUUUUCCCAUCCAUUUUAUCCUGUUUUUCCGAUUAAUCUGCGGAAUUUCCGGUGUAUCAUGAAAUUUUACAGCGGAAAUCUAGAAAAAGGUCGGAUUUUUCUGUGCGAUUAAGUCGAAAUUUCUGAUUUGUCAGCUUAAUAUCGUUGGCGUAAUCCUGUGAGGUUUACGUUGGUCCUGAAUUUUCUUCCAUUCUGUGCCCCGAGUCUGCGACUCGUCCUGUGGUCGUCGCUCUUCCUCGUCGCUUGUCUUCUUCGUCGUACGAAUGGAUUAGCGUUCUCGAGCUUGUUCGUGUAGGUUCCUGCAGUAAAAAUUCAAACUUUUGACUGAUUUAUCUCCUGAUCUGUUCGGCGCUUGUACUGCGGAGUGAGCCCUGCCAUUCUAGGUUGCAAUCGAGUUCAAGGUAAUGGUGUUUUAAGCUUCCUCACGGUUAGCAUGGAAGUGAGAUCAGAGCCAGGAAUUUUUCCUUCUGGUGCCGGCGUUCAGAAAAGCCAGGCGCAAGCCCCUCCGACCAUCCAAAGCAUGCGCUUGGCCUACACACAAGAUGGCACCGCAAUAUACAAGCCAAUAAGCAACACCUCUCCUUCCCCUACUCCCCUUGCUGCUGCUGCUGCUUCUGCUUCUGCUCCUGCGCCUCACCUAGGAGGAGGUGGAGGUAGCGCAGGCAGCGUCACGGAAGGUUCAUCUCCGGCGACGCUCCAUGGCCUCAGCAUCAACAUUGGGGAGCCACUUAAGAAGAAGCGAGGACGGCCGAGGAAGUACGGACCUGAUGGCACCAUGGCCCUUGCUCUGAACCCUACCUCUGCGGCUGGUUCCAUGCCACCAGGUGGAUUCUCCUCUUCCGUUAAUUCGGAUCCUACAAAGAAGGUGAAGGGCCGGCCUCCCGGUUCUGGAAAGAAGCAACAGAUUGCUGCUCUAGGAUCAGCAGGGAUUGGGUUUACUCCUCAUGUGAUUACUGUAAAUGCUGGAGAGGACGUCUGGUCAAAAAUCAUGUCAUUUUCUCAACAUGGUCCACGUUCUGUUUGUAUCCUUUCAGCAAAUGGUGCAAUAUCAAAUGUAACACUACGGCAAGCGGCAACUUCUGGUGGAACUGUAACUUAUGAGGGCCGAUUUGAGAUAUUGUCAUUGUCAGGCUCAUUUUUGCUCUCUGACAGAGGUGGCCACCGUAGUCGGACAGGCGGACUAAGUGUUUCUUUGGCUGGUCCUGAUGGCCGCGUGCUGGGCGGAGGAGUGGCAGGAAUACUUACUGCAGCAUCACCAGUUCAGGUGGUUGUUGGGAGCUUCAUCGCCAAUGAGAAAAAGGAACCAAAGCAAACUACCCCGUUUGAUUUACCCUCAUCUGCGCCGAUGAAGCUUACACCGAUACCCCCAAUCCGCACAUCCGGUGGAAGUAGUCCACCCUCCCAUGGCACCUUGAGCGAAUCCUCCAGAGACGGAUCAGGGAGCCCGCUCAACCAGAACAUCGGAUCUCUGAAUAACAACCAACAGGAGAUGCCUACUUUUGCAUGGAAAUGACUCUCACUGUGACCACCAUGUUCCAAGUUGUUCUUCGUUUUGUUUGUGUAGGAUGAUACUUUGUUGCCCUUUCUGAGGUUAUAUCGUUUGUUUUGUCAGCGUCGGAGUCAUCGUCAUCAGAGUAUUUUAACGAUGUACUAUUUAGUUAGUUAGAGAUGAACUAUUUAUGCUUGUUUCAUUGUGUUGUAAUUAAUCCUAUUUGCGAUCCAAAAUCUAUCAAUA